CAGAGAGUUCAAGAAAUGUUAGCUAGUGUUAUUUUAUUAUCUUUAAGGAAUACAGAAUGGAAUGCUAAGGGAUUAUAUACUGAGUUCACAGCAUGAGUUGGGGUAGAGAGAGCCAGAGACGAGGUUUAAAUCUUGAGUUCAUGGUGAUCUUGAACAAGUAACAUGGGCUCCCUGGGCUUCAGCUAUCUCAUCUACAAAAUGGGGCCAAGAAAAACCCUCUCCCGUUGUUGUGCGGACUCAGUGACAGUGUGUGAAGGGUGGUGGGGGUGGGGGUUGAGGGGGGCUGUUCACAAAUGCAGCUUUCCCUCCCCUUACUGAAAUCAGUGUGGUUUUGUCAGAAAGCAAAGAAGGAAGCUGAAGACCUUGAGCAGGAGUGCCUCAGCCCCGGCACUCCAUCCUGCCUCAUCAGGAGGAGCAGGGCCGAGAGAGGCGAAACUGGGGCCCCAGGAUGGGUCUCUGCCCAGCUUCCUCCGGGAGGGCCUUGGGGUUCAUCAUGGGUCAGAGGAAGGCAUUCCUGUGUCAAGGCACCAUAAGUACCUGCCCGGGAGGGGAGUGGCGGGGAGGGGCCGUGCCCUGACCCUGCAAGGGGAGGCAUGUCACGGCCACCCUGUGUUUGUACUACAGGGACUUUGGAGGAUCUGUGGCAUUGUUCCUCUAUGAGGCGUUGGCCUGAACCUGCUGUUAGCCCUUGGAGGGAGGAUCAUCACUCCAGGCCUGGCAGGUUCUAUUAAUCACCUUCUUGUCAGUUUUGAUCCUCUACUGAGAGAGAGAAGAGAGCCUAAGAGCUCCUGCUUUGGCUGAAUCACACAGCUUUUCAGAGAGCAGGCGAGAAUGCUGAGCUAUUAGUUUGGGGCAGGAGGGCUGGGCAGGGUCAGAGGUCAGCCUGAACCCCUGGCCGCCCCGUGAGACCCCAAACACGCCCUGGCUCUCUCCCUAGUGUUGACACCCCCCUGGGUGAAGCACAGGUCCGCUUCCCUACCCAAAGAAAACAAAGGGCAGGAUAACCCUGACUCAGCGCCCUCUUUUCUGGCUUGCUGAGUCAGCGAAGGGGUUUUUAGGAUAACCUGGAGCCUGGGUUACCCCACCCUAGCCCUUAGCCUGGUCCAGACCCCAUGGCUGCUGUAGGCCAGCAGGCUUUCCCUUAGAGGCCACCCAUGGUAACCCUGGCCCCCUCGGUGAGUGGGUUGCAUCCUCCUAUAUGGCCUCUUGAUCACAUGCUCACAAGCUGAGACAGGUGUCCUGUGACCAGGGUUCUAGAAAGAGACCUGUUAGGCAUUAUAAGACUUCCUUUCCAGGGACACCUGCCUUCAGCUCAGAGUGUGGUCUGGGGUUUUGGGAUCGAGUCCAGCAUCAGAGUCCCUUUGGAGCGCUGCUUCUCCCUCUGCCUGUGUCUCUGUGUCUCUCUGUGUGUCUCUCAUGAAUAAAUAAAUAAAGAAAAAAAAUCUAAAAAAAGACUUUCUUUCUGGAUUUGACUCUGCCUCUAAGGCAGUUGGUAUGAUGGUAUGAUUGAACACAGAGGUCAGACUGAUCCAGGGCUUCUCAACCUCGACACACACUAUUGACCUUUUGGGCUGGAGGAUUCUUUGUUAUGGGGGCUGUCCUCUGCAUUGUAGGAUAUUUAGCAGCAUUCCUGGUAAUUGUGCUCUAGAUACCAGUAGAAUCCUCGUGUUCGGACGACUGAAAUGUCUGCGGACAUUGUCAAAUGUUCUCCAGGGAGCAAAAGAGCCUCUCGCUGAGAUCUCUGAAUUAAUUGAUGGGGACAGAAGUGGGAUUGUGGUCUCAUUAGGUGCAUAGGGUGUGGGUAAUUGACUGGGAAAAGGUAUGGGGAGCUUUAUGGAGCGCUGAAAAUGGUCCGGGUGAAGGGUACACAGGUGAACACAUGCUUGAAGCUUCCUACAUAGGUAAAAAUGUGUUAAGCUAGACACUAAUGGUUUGUGCAAUCUACUGCAUGAAUUAUAUACCUUCAAAAAGGAACCUUUGUAUCAGAUAGAACUAGACUUGGGUUUUUCAGUCCUGACUACCCUUAAAGUCUCGACUUCCCGUGUGUAAAAUGGGGCGGCUAGUAGGAUCUACAUUAGUCCUGGAGCUUUUUUUUCCCCCAGCCUAAAUACCUUCAAGGUAGUCGAUCCUAUAGGACCAAGCAAAGUUCGUCAUCAUAGUUGCUGGGAGCACUGGAGUAGGUGAAAUGCUAACAAGGAUGCAGAACAUUCUAGUCCGAAGUUUUAGAAAUAGAAAGAAGGGAGCUGAGGGCUGCGGUGACUUUGUAAAGCACAGGGCCACCUUGCAGCUCCGUCCCCAUUCUAGUGCGGGGUGGAGCUGAGAGCCUGUGGAGUGAGCUCCCUAAGUGCAGACGUGAAAUGGAAUUCAGCUGUCAAAAGGGUAGUCUCAGGCAGAGCACUGUUCCCUCUGAAUCAUCCCUUUUGUUAAGGAUUAAAAAAAAAAAAGCAGCCACCCCCAAAGGCACAACCCACCUUGGAGAGCAGAGGUAACUGGGCUUGUGGGAAACAGAAGUGCGGUUGGCACCAGUCAGAGGGUGGGGAAGGGAGGAGAGAAGAUGGGGCAAUUGUCCAACCUUGUGGAGGGCAGUAUAAAAGGCUCCCACUCUGGGGAAGAGCCACAGUCUUCGGCCCAGGCCAAGCCCAGCUCCCGUCCACACCUGCUCCUCAUCUUGCUCUCACCAUGAGCUGUCGCCUGCAGAGCUCCUCUGCCAGCUAUGGAGGUGGUUUCGGGGGUGGCUCUUGUCAGCUGGGGGGAGGCCGCAGUAUCUCUACUUGCUCAACCCGCUUUGUCUCUGGGGGAUCAGCUGGGGGAUACGGGGGUGGCAUGAGCUGUGGCUUCGGUGGGGGUGCUGGUAGUGGUUUUGGGGGUGGCUUCGGUGGAGGGGCUGGUAGUGGUUUUGGCGGAGGCUUCGGAGGUGGCUUCGGAGGUGGCUUCGGUGGGGGUUUUGGCGGCGGCUUUGGUGACUACGGUGGUGGCGAUGGUGGCCUCCUCUCUGGCAAUGAGAAGAUCACCAUGCAGAACCUCAACGACCGCCUGGCCUCCUACCUGGACAAGGUGCGCGCCCUGGAGGAGGCCAACACCGAGCUGGAGGUGAAGAUCCGAGACUGGCACCUGAAGCAGAGCCCCAGCAGCCCGGAGCGGGACUACAGCCCCUACUACAAGACCAUCGAGGAGCUCCGGGACAAGAUCCUGGCGGCCACCAUCGACAAUAACCGGGUCAUUCUGGAGAUCGACAACGCCAGGCUGGCGGCAGACGACUUCAGGCUCAAGUAUGAGAACGAGCUGACCCUGCGCCAGAGCGUGGAGGCUGACAUCAAUGGCCUGCGCCGGGUGCUGGACGAGCUGACCCUGUCCAAGACCGAUCUGGAGAUGCAGAUUGAGAGCCUGAAUGAGGAACUAGCCUACCUGAAGAAGAACCAUGAGGAGGAGAUGAAGGAGUUCAGCAACCAGAUGGUAGGCCAGGUCAACGUGGAGAUGGAUGCCACCCCGGGCAUUGACCUGACCCGUGUGCUGGCGGAGAUGAGGGAGCAGUACGAGGCCAUGGCGGAGAAGAACCGACGGGACGCCGAGGAAUGGUUCCACAGCAAGAGUGCAGAGCUGAACAAGGAGGUGUCUACUAACACUGCCAUGAUUCAGACCAGCAAGACAGAGAUCACGGAGCUCAGGCGUACGCUCCAGGGCCUGGAGAUCGAGCUGCAGUCCCAGCUCAGCAUGAAAGCCGGGCUGGAGAGCACGCUGGCGGAUACGGAGUGCCGCUAUGCACUGCAGCUACAGCAGAUCCAGGGGCUCAUUAGCAGCAUCGAGGCCCAGCUGAGUGAGCUCCGCAGCGAAAUGGAGUGCCAGAACCAGGAGUACAAGAUGCUGCUGGACAUCAAGACGCGGCUGGAGCAGGAGAUCGCCACCUACCGCAGCCUGCUGGAGGGCCAGGAUGCCCGGAUGGCUGGCUUAACUUCCUCAGGAGGUAAGGAAACAACCCUGGAGGGGGAGAGGAGAGUCCGGCACCUGUUCACUGCCCUAGGGGGCUAUGGUGGAGGUGGUCAUUUGCUCCUCUGUUUUCUUUUCAAAAUAGCUGGCUCUGCCCCAUAGAGCCACGGGGAUACUUUGGAGAGAGCCAGUUUUGGGAAUAGUAACAUGAGAGUCCCUACUAACUAACUUCUAACCUGACCCAUGGAGGGGCUUAGGGCCUUUCUGGGAGUGGGAUGUCUGACAUGCUGAGGUGGGUCUUCUCCAGCCUGAGCAUCUCUUGCUCCCUCUAUUUCUCAGGAAGCACCAGCGUCUCCAUCACCACCACCUCUUCCAGCCGUACUUCAGACACCCGCAGGCCUUAGAUC